UACAUAUAUACACUAUAUUGCCAAAAGUAUUGGCCCCGCCCUCCAAAUCAUGUGAUUCAGGUGUUUCAAUCCCCUCCAUGGACACAGGUGUAUACAAUCAAGCCCCUAGGCAUGCAGACGGCUUCUACAAACAUUGGUGAAAGAAUGGGUCGCUCUCAGGAGCUCAGUGACUCCAAGCGUGGUCCCGUGAUAGGUGGCCACCUGGGCAAUAAGUCCAUCCGUGACAUUUCCUGGCUACUAAAUAUUCCACGCUCAACUGUUAGUGGGAUUAUAACAAAGUGGAAGCAACUGGGAACAACAGCCACUCAGCCACCAAGUGGUAGGCCACGUCACAUGACAGGGCGGGGUCAGCACAUGCUGAAGCACACAGUGCGCAGAAGUCACCAACUGUCUGCA